AUGCUUCGCCGCCCACCGACGACGCUCCAAAUCACGGCCGAGGACAUCGCCUCGUACGAGGACCGGCGCGCGAGCGAGGCGCUCCGGGCGGCGCAGCAGGCUCACGCGGCGGAGGUUGCGGCGCGGGCUGCUGCUGCUACGACCGCCGCUGCGUCCAAGGGCGGUGCUGGUGUUGCUGGGGACGGAAGCGCAGCAGCAGCAGCAGCAGCGGGAGGAGGAGGAGGAGGAGAGGCAGCGACGCAGCAGACUACGGCGGCGAUGGGGGGUCUCGGACUGGGGCAGGGGCAGGCGAUGGAGGAUGUGCAGGAGGAGAGGGAGGGGAGGGCGAGGAGGGCGAGGGAGGAUAGGAUUGGGGUUGGGAGGAGGGCGAGGUGA